AUGAAGUUGUUUUAUGUCCUUACCUUGGCGGGCCUGAGCGUACUGGAGGUCCUCGCCGCACCCCCUUUCCAUAAUCACGGUUCUUCUAGACCGAGACGUGGUAUUCCAGACACUCAUAUCCAACAUGAGAAAAGAACAGCAGUGCAAGCAAGGUCUUGGACGAAGGUACAGAGGGCGGUUCCCGAAGCUAUAUUACCUAUGCGUGUAGGGCUGAAGCAGCAAAACCUUCAGUCCGGGCACGAUCUGUUAAUGGACAUCUCAAAUCCCAUGUCGAAGAACUAUGGUAAGCAUCUCUCAGCAGAAAAGGUCGUUAAAUUCUUCGAGCCGGCGGAGGCAAGCUUUAAAGCAAUCAAAGAUUGGCUCGUCGAGGCGGGCAUCCCCUCCCGCAAUAUCUCGCAAUCUAGCAACAAACAAUGGGUUCGUUUUGAUGCUUCUGUUGAUCAAGUCGAAAAACUCUUGAUGGCGGACUACCACGUGUGGGAGCACGCGAGCACUGGAGUCAAAGACAUUGCCUGCGAUGAAUACCACGUGCCAAAACAAGUGAAAGAGCAUAUCGACUACAUUACCCCCGGUAUCAAGCUGAUGGGUCACGGCAACACGCCACAACCCCCAUCGAAGAAACGAGGUGAAGCGGGCGUAGGCAGUCUUCCUCGCUUUGGCCAGCGAGUUUCUGAGAGCGAGCUCGCAAACGUCAUGAGUGAGAGGAGUAAGCGUAGCCCAUCCUCAAAACGGAGUACGGGCCGAAAUGUCGAGGGACAUUUACGCUUCUCCGAGCCCGUGGAGACGGCACAUAUCGAAAGCGGGAAUUUCACGCUUCCAGGCGGUUGUGACCAAUAUAUCACUCCAGACUGUAUAAGGGCGCUAUACGGUAUCCCGAAAGGGACGAAGAAACACCCUGACAACCGGAUGGGAAUAUUCCAGUCGCUUGGGCAACAUUACACCCAAUACGACCUCGACAAGUUUUUCUGGAGCUUCUCAGAUAACAUCCCUAACGGAACUCACCCUGAGCUUUUCUCCGUCGAUGGCGGCCAAGGCCCCACCACGAGCCUUCGAAUGGCAGGCUCCGAAGCAAACCUCGAUUUCCAGAUGGCGUACGGCCUGAUUUACCCGCAGGAUACCGUGCUGUACCAAGUGGACGACGAGUGGUACCAGAACAUCUACCAGACGGACCCAGCAGCGUACACCGGCUUCUUCAACAACCUCUGGAACGCCAUCGACGGCAGCUACUGCACCUUCGAGGCCUACGGCGAGUCGGGCAACUGCAAGCGGCCCGAGUGCCGCGACCCGGAGUACCCGAACCCGCACGACCGGGGCGGGUACGCGGGGGCCCUGAUGUGCGGCGCAUACGCGCCGACGAGCGUCAUCAGCAUCUCGUACAGCGGCGCCGAGGUCGACCUUCCGGCAUCGUACCAGCAGCGCCAGUGCGCCGAGAUCAUGAAGCUCGGGCUGCAGGGCACCACCGUCGUCAUAUCCUCCGGCGACGACGGCGUAGGCGGUUUCUCGUCCCCCGGUGCCCCGUCCGGGUGUCUGGGCCCGGACCGCGACGUGUUUAAUCCCCAGUUCUUGGCAAGUUGUCCGUAUGUCCUGGCUGUUGGGUCGACGGUGCUGCAGACGAAUGGUACGCCGGGCGUCGACGCCGAGGAGGCGACGGAUCGCUUUCGCUCGGGCGGCGGGUUCUCGAAUAUUUACGAUGCGCCGGAGUGGCAGCGCGACGCUGUCGCCGCGUACCUGGGCAAGGCGAACUUGACGUUCGACGGGUACGAGGGCGGCGGGGAGAAUUACUCGAACCCGCGCGCGGGGCUGGGCCGGUUUAAUAAAUUGGGCAGGGCGUAUCCGGAUGUGGCGGCGAACGGCGACCAUUUCGUCAUCUCGAGCGGCGGGGAGCUGCUUAGGAUCGGGGGCACGUCGGCGUCGGCGCCGCUGUGGGGUUCGGUCAUCACGCUGAUUAAUGAGGAGAGGUUGGCGCUGGGGAAGGGGCCGGUUGGGUUUGUGCAUCAGGUUUUGUAUUCUCACCCGGAGGUCUUCAAGGAUGUCACGAAGGGGGAUAACAGAGCGUGUAAGACGACUGGUUUCCCGGCGAUCGAGGGCUGGGAUCCCGUGUCUGGGAUGGGUGUUCCGGACUACCCUAAACUCUUGGAACUCUUCUUGAGUCUUCCAUAG